AUGAAGAAAAAAAAACAACAGUCAAAUUCUAAAGCCCUUGAUGCGAAAGAGUCAUUAGGAUCUGCCAAAAGGAAACGAGAACUGCAAAAUUCUAAACUUCGGGAUGCAAAAGAGACAAUGGAAUCAGCGACAAAGAAAAGAGAAGAAACUUCAAAUCCUAAAACACGGGAUCCAAAUGAGACAGGUGGGUCAGCCAUGAAGAAAACAGACGUGCCAACAGCUAAUACAAAUCGGGACACAAACGAGACAAAAGGAUCUGCCACAAAGCAAAAGGAAUUGCCCAAUACUAAAAUUCGCGAAUCAAGAGAGACAAUCGGAUCUGCAGCAAAGAAAACAGAGCAACAGCUAAAUCCUAAAAUUCAGGAUACACAUGAAACAAAUAAAACUACCUCGAAAAGUGUAGAAAAACAGUCAAUUCUUAACAUUAAGAAUAUAAAGCAGACAACAGAACUUGACACCGAGAAAACAGAAGCACCAUUAGUCUCGACAACUCACUAUACAGAAGAGACAUCAACAUCUACAACAGCAAAAACAGAAAAACUCCCAGCUCCGACAGAUCAUUUAGUAACGCCACCAGCAUCCAUUGUAAUCGUUGACGAAACGGCACCACCCCAGACCCAACCUAACUUCUUAAUAGACCAAGUAAUCAUGAAAGACAUUCUCCAAAAAUACAAAACAAAACCCACAGCAGAUUACAACGAUUCCCUUCCUAAUGGCACCCCCGGAUCUCCUUCGCACGAACCACUAAUUGGAAACGGCGUCAGUAAAUAUCAGGACUGUAACCCAGGCAAAUCGGUGAGCAUCCAUUCCCUGACAGUCCCUGGUCUUCAACCAAACCCUUUCUCUGUGGACCCACCUUUGGACGAAGACACAAUCUCGAUAUACUCUCGAAGGGACUCAGUUCGCCAGUCAUUCGACUCUGGGUCCAGGAAAUCGGUAGAUUACAGAAUCCGCAAUACAGCAUUAGUUGUGCUGCCUGCAGCUGAGGAAAAGCCAAAGGCAGUGUUGACUAAUGAAGAGUCUUUCAUCAAGAACGCCAUCCCGUUUAUGCCAAUGAAGCUGGCCGUGGUCUGCCUCAUUCUCAACAUAUUUGUGCCGGGCGCCGGUACGGCUUUGAGUGGACUGGCCAUUCUAUGCUGUGGCCAACCUCGGGUGCUCAACAAGGACGACCAGAUUUUGAUCACGCUGUGUGCCAACUGUAUGGUCGGUUUGGCCCAGCUCUGUACCAUAACGUUCUUGCUGGUUGGCUGGUUUUGGUCUGUUAGCUGGGGCAUUGAGAUGAUCAUCCUUUCUG